GUAUAGAACCAGGCUGCUGAAAGAAGGCAUAGCUGUUGAAGCUGUUGAAGCCCCGAAGAAAGGAGACGGGGAGAAACUGGGGUUCCCCUUGGCCCUGUUUGGGGGCACUCUGGUCGUCAUGGAGGACGGUAUCUAUGUGCCUCCAGACCUGACACCAGAGGAGAGGCUGGAGUUGGAGAACAUCCGGCGACGGAAGCAGGAGCUCCUGGUGGAAAUCCAACGUUUGCGAGAUGAACUCAGCGAAGCCAUGAAUGAGGUGGAGGGGCUGGAGGCCAAUGAGGGAAGUAAAACUCUACAGAGAAACCGGAAGAUGGGGAUGGGGCGUAAGAAAUUCAACAUGGAUCCCAAAAAAGGAAUACAAUUCCUGGUAGAAAAUGAACUACUGCGCUCCACACCUGAGGACAUUGCUCGCUUCCUCUACAAAGGGGAAGGCCUCAACAAGACAGCCAUUGGGGACUACCUUGGUGAGAGGGAGGAGUUUAAUAUUGCUGUGCUCCAUGCCUUUGUUGAUUUGCAUGAAUUCACUGACCUCAAUUUAGUCCAAGCGCUCAGGCAGUUCCUGUGGAGUUUUCGAUUACCAGGAGAAGCCCAGAAAAUUGAUCGCAUGAUGGAAGCCUUUGCCCAGCGGUACUGUCUGUGCAACCCAGGGGUCUUUCAGUCUACAGAUACGUGUUACGUCCUCUCUUUCGCAGUGAUCAUGCUCAACACCAGCCUUCACAAUCCCAACGUCCGAGACAAGCCCACAGUUGAGAGGUUCAUCACCAUGAACCGUGGUAUCAAUGAUGGGGGGGACUUGCCGGAGGAGUUGCUGCGGAAUCUGUACGACAGCAUCCGUAAUGAGCCCUUCAAGAUCCCAGAGGAUGAUGGGAACGACUUGACACACACAUUUUUUAACCCUGAUCGCGAGGGCUGGCUCCUCAAGCUGGGAGGACGGGUGAAGACAUGGAAACGGCGCUGGUUCAUCUUGACUGACAACUGCCUCUAUUACUUUGAAUACACCACAGACAAAGAGCCAAGAGGCAUCAUCCCACUGGAAAACCUCAGCAUCCGGGAAGUAGAAGACCCACGGAAACCAAAUUGUUUUGAACUCUACAUUCCCAAUAACAAGGGCCAGCUAAUCAAGGCCUGCAAGACUGAGGCAGAUGGACGUGUGGUUGAGGGGAAUCAUAUGGUCUACCGCAUCUCAGCACCUACACAGGAAGAAAAGGAUGAAUGGAUUAAAUCCAUCAAGGCUGCUGUAAGCGUGGAUCCUUUCUAUGAGAUGUUGGCUGCCCGCAAGAAACGGAUCUCAGUGAAGCAGAAACAGGAGCAGGCGUGAGGUGGGGAUUCCCUGGUUCCCAUCCUUUCCCCUUGCUGUACAUCCUCCUGUAACCUCUUCUUGGACCUGCUGACAAGCCCACCUGGGUUGAACUCCAUGAAACCAACCAUUCCUAUUGUGGGGCCACCACACUACCUUGCCAGUCUGAUGGCAUGCCAGCAUCCCCACUGUCCCACUCCUCCCUCCAGAGCCUUCUCCAGCACUGCUGGGAUUGGCCAGUGGGGCCUGAGCUUGGGAACUGCCACGGUGUGGCAACUUCAGGGAAUGGAUGCAUCCUUUGUGUUUUGGGGCAGCUUCUCCUCCAGUGAGUUAUCUUCAGCCUUCAUCAGACAGAGGCAGAUGGUUUUGAAGCAUCUCGGCCAACUCAACCCCACCACGACUAGGGGGCAACCAACUGUGAUCACGUUAAAGGAACACUUCCUCCUUGAUUGGACUUUUGCGUUCUGCUUCCCAACAUAACAGCUGGUCUGCAUGUCUGAGAAGAAAAAAAUGGAAAGCCCCCUUCAGACUGUUAGCCAUUUAGAACGUGGGGAAGCCCGUGUGUUCACUCACUGGCUACAGAAAAACAGCACCCUGCACACCGAAACCAAGCACAUCAGGGAGUAAGCUAGCAUGUCUUUCGAACUGCUAGUUUUCUGUGUUCCAGGAUCAUUCAAGUCAUUUGAUUUCCCCAAACUGCUUCCUGAUGCCGAUAGUCACAGGAGGAUUUUUCACAUGCUUUUUCCUGCAGGCUGUCCCUUAGAGUUGGUUGCCAAGCCAGCUGCACUGUGCAUUCAAGAAAGCAGUAUUCUGGGUCUGGCACACUAAUGUUUAUAGGUACCCUACUCCCCAUUAUUUGGUCUUGCAAAAGGAAGUAAAUACACCAACAACCAGCAGGGGGCAGCAGAGAGCCAGACAGCUAAAGUAUACACACUGACACAACACUGAACACUAUUUGUUUCCUCCAGCAGGAACAGCUGACACAUACCCAUAACUGACAGCUCUUAAUUCUUCAUGGCACAGAGGCCAUGACUCCCAACCUCCCUUUACUGCCACCUCUCAGAAAUUGAAUCCCUCCCCCCAGUUCCUUGGGGAGCCAUUAGAACAUUGCCUCUAAAACCGAUUCCCCCUCUCCUGCCUGAAGUGUAGCAGCAACAUAUUUGGGGCUUCCUUCUGAAGUUAAUCCAAUACGCUUUUGGUGGUGUACAGAAGAAUGCAAUUGAGAACACUGCCACUGUCAUGUUAUAACAUGAUCAUUAGAUUAGAUUCAGAUUCUUUUUUUAUAGACAUACCCUUGUUCUUCUAAUAGGCAGGAAUGGGUGAUGACAGUUCGGUUUAUGUAGAACUGAAAUGAGAAAGAAUUACCUCUCCUUUCUGCAUUGCCUUUUUUCAGAUUGAGAUCUUUUUUUUUUUUAUUCUGGAAACAGAAUUUUCUUCAGUCACAAUAAGUCACUGUGCAAUCAGGAUGGUUAAAAGACUGCGUCUCUCCCAUUUUUCCAGAACCCGUUGAUACUUGCGCAUUCAGGUUAUAAGAUCCGAGAACAAUAAAUAAGGAAAAGAGAAGGACCUUAUGAAUUGGAAGAAGAAUUAGUCUAUCCAGAUCUCUCUAAUGGCUGCAGGCAGGUCCCCAGCACCCCAGUCCACACACUUCCUUUUUGUGUGUGUGUGCUAAGAAGUUCAAAGCUAGUUGUGUUAAGUUCCACUUGUCACACUUUUCACUUUCAAGAACUCGUAUCUUGCAACUCAGAACUCCAAAUCUAGUCUUCCACCACUGCCUUUCCUCAGGUAGUCCCUUGGGUAUAACAAUUCAGGGUCUGAAGGCUUCUUCACAUCCCGAGUUGAGCUUUCUAAAUCGCAAAACACUUUGUGGCACAACUCAGAUCUUUGCAAAGGAGUAGCGCAAAGUCUUCAGAGAGCUGCAAAGGUCUCAGGCUAGAUGUAACAUCUUAGUCCACAUGCAUUUCAGCCGGAUCAGUAUUCCCUGCCCCACGAAAAACUGCAUCUUUGAUGCCAGCAGCUGGUUCAAAUCCUGUUGGAUUUAAACACGAAGCAUCAUCCCCACUGUGGUUUUGCUUUUGUCAGAAUAAGGAUUGUGUUUUAUCCAUAGAAAAGCAUGAAAAAAGGAGUUAAAGGCAGCAAGGAAGAAAAAAGGAUUGAUACUAAUUUUCAGUCUUCGUAUGGGCAGGUGAAAAAAAUUGCCAGAAAUUAAUAGGACACUCAGUAACCCAGCAUUUUCCAUCAGCCCAUUAAGUCGUUUUCUCAAAGCUGAACCAUCUGCCUUAUGACUGCUAAAAUUCAUCUAAUAAACCCCUGAUACCCUAAUUCAUUGUUUCUCAACCUUGGCAACUUUAAGAUAUGUGGACUUCAACUCCCAGAAUUCUUCAGCCAGCAUGGCUGGCUGGUGAAUUCUGGGAGUUAAAGUCCACAUAUCUUAAAGUUGCCAGGGUUGAGAAACACUGCCCUAAUUCAUGCCUCCUUUUCAGUACUAAUUUCACUGCCUUCCCCAAGUGGCUAGCCUUUCCCCUUCUCAGCUAAGAUUUAAUUCUAUUUCAGAUCCAAAUGUUUAACUUAACAUAUUUUUAUAAAUGCAAGAAUUGUCAGGAAAGGGAGAUAAAAAUUAUUAGUCUCAACUGUCAGGGAGGGAAGAGUUCACCUUUUUCCUGCUGUGUGUCCUGACCAAAAUUACUUCUCCCAAGCUAUUAUUUGUGUAGGGGUGGGAGGAUGGGAGGCAGAGGAAAUCUCCCAUUAUGUAUUUGAAAGAUAAAUUUUUACCAGGACCACUUCAAAAUAUCACACACUUUCCAUCUGGUAACUUGAUAAUGAUCAACACCCCACACACAUGCGCACUCACUUUCCACAGUUCAUACUGUCCUUGUUCCUUUGCCCUUCUUUCCCCCCAGUUUUUGGCAUUUUCUCAAAAUUCCAUAGAGAAACUACUUCCCCCGCAGAAAGCUGAGUCUCAUUCUUGGAACUCAGCAAGAAGUUACUGAUUUUAUAUCCCUGGAAAAUGUAUUUGUAGACAUUGGGACUGAUUAUUAUUUGUUCUUCAGCAAUACAAGUGGAAAAGUCCUUUUCUCCACCACUCCUCAUUGUGGAUUUGAAUAUCUAUGUUGUAGGAGUACAAAGGAAGAAGGUGUAACAGUCCCCACUCCCAACUUGCUCCAGCAGAAGAAAGAAAGAAAGGGCAUUUUUCUUUUUUAAAAGUAUAUUUCCUUUGAUGGUGAUGUUUUUGAUUUAUUUGUUUUUAAAGGAAAUGUUAACUAUUAUUUAAAAUUUUAAUGUAUACAUCUCUGAAUGAUAUGUAAACACCACAAACUUAACUAUGUUUUGGCCGACUCAUUAUUUUAUUGUUAUAUCUAUUAAGGAUCUAGGAUAGCCAAAGUGAAGAAAUUGGUGUUGUAACUCUAAAACUGGCUUUCUCUUGCUCAUGGGCAUCCUUUUUAUUUAGGAAAGGAGAAAAGGAAAUGCCACUUAUGACAUGGUAUCUGAAAAAUGCCAAAAACCAAUAGGAAUUAAUGAAAUACAACCUUGAGGCCAGUCUACUGGAAGGAAGAAGCAGCGGGCUUUCUUUCCUCUACCAGGGGCUUUCCAGAAGCCAGGCGAGCUCUUAGCAUUGGACUCAGGGUCACUAAGGAAUCCUUCGGGCUAUUAAUAUACUGCUGAUCUUGCACAUCCGUCUCACUGCCAGGGAACCAGAUGUAAUACAGUAAAUACCAUUGCUAAUAAGAUUGUGAACAGGUGAGUCACCUACCUGAAGAACAAACCUGAGCCUCUUUUGUCCCAAAAUAAAUGCUGAGUUUUCUCCUUGUGAA